AUGACGAAAUACACAGACACAGACGCAGACAAUUCCCAGGGAAGACAGCAGGAAGAAAAAGUCCUCGAUGGUUUAGAGAGGAGGCUGACGGGAUUGAGCCAGUCGCUGCUGGAAUUGGGCGUCGCAGCUAGCCAGGUGAACGGCGCUGAGAACGACACAGACACGCACACGCACGCGCACGCUGGCGCAGACGCAGACGCAAACACAGACACUUCCACGCCCUCACCCACCAGCACCGUCGUUAGCGAGAAAGUGCAGCAGAGCAUGCACCAUCUAGCCCACAUCGACACGCUCAGGCGGCACACAACCACGCGCGUGCCGCUCGAAGCCAUCGACCACGUCGAUCAGGGCAAGAAUCCUAACCUGUACACCAAGGAGUACAUCGAGCAGGUGGCUGGUGAGAAUAUGUUCAUGAAUGGCAAGCUGAGUACGAUCAAGACUUACCACGAUAUGCUCGCCGUCGCUUUAUCUGAAAAUUUCACAGAACUGAGCCAGGUGGUUGAGUCAGGUAAUUGA